AUGCGUGAUCCGCCAAUGCCGCCUGUGUGGCUGCAUCCAACCCGCAUGUCACCGUGGCCUGAAUCGCCCCCGUCGGCCGCGGUGAUGACUGAUGGCCCCGAAAUGGGACACAUCUUCAACUUUGACGCCGUUGAGAUUGUGGGCCUGGGCGGCGAUCACACAGCAAGGCAAGUGCAAGAAGCCUGGAUGUCCACCGACCGCUCUGUCAACCGCCACAUCAAUUUGCCUCCCCCUUAUCUGACUUUACGAACCUUCUUAGCGGGGGACAGUCACGGCGCGGGACAAUCGGGGCCGUCAGUCAUCACCGCGGCCGACGGGGGCGAUUCAGGCCACGGUGACAUGCGGGUUGGAUGCAGCCACACAGGCGGCAUUGGCGGAUCACGCAUUGGACAAAGGGCGCCAUAA